AUGGCCACCAUUCUAGCCUUGUCUUCUCUCCUUUUCCAAUCUGUAUCUGCCGCCAAGGAUGUCAUUGCUGUACCAGAGACUACUGCCGCAUCCACUGGCUCGCUAUACUCAUCUCCGAACGUCUACUCGUCGAAUCUUCUUCAAAACAUUGCCGACGCCCAAGGCGGCGAUCUGCCCGUGAUUCGGGUGGGAGGGAAUUCCCAAGAUCGCGCCAUCUAUGACUCCUCUCUCACCGUCCCAACCGCAACCUCCUGUGCCGCUGAUCCCGAAGCAAUCCUGUGCAUUGGAAACUCCCUCUUCGACUCGUACGGCGCCUUUCCCAAUGGCACCAAGUACAGUCAUGGCUUCAAUCUCGCGGCGAACAACGCCUCCGGCUACGAAACGCUGACGGCAACCGUUCCCCUUGCGUGCCAGGCACUGCAGGACGGGCUGCUCGAAGUGUGGGAACUGGGCAACGAGCCCGACUUGUACCGAGGCAAAUGGAGGCCGUCGGACUGGACGGAGGCAGAGUACACGACGGAGUGGCUGAAUGGGACGGAUCGGAUCCGGACGCUGCUUCAGCAGUCCUGUCCGGAGCUGGCAUCCCAACUCGCCUUUAUGGCCCCGUCUCUCAGCAGUCCCGGGUCGGCGCUGAAGCUCAGCAACAUCUUCGCCGCAGGGCUGGACAAGGAGAACACCGUCAAGCAGAUCUCCGUCCACAACUACAUGUCCGGCGCAACCUCCCCCGGCGUGACGCUGCAGAGCACACUCAUGAACCACACUGCUGUCGUGCAAAGCAUUACCAAGCACGUGCAGAAUGCGCAAUCCGUCGCCAGUGUCCCGGCCGACUAUAUCCUGGGCGAGCACAACAGUUUGUACGGGGGCGGCGCGGCCGGACUGUCCAACACAUUUGGCGCAGCGCUGUGGGUGCUCGAGUUCUCUGCCUAUGCGGCCUCGACGGGCGUCAUUAAACGUCUUCACUUCCAUCAGUCGCAGGGUGCGGCGUAUUCCGCCUGGACCCCGGUGGGCUCUCCAGCGACGAAUCCGCCAUACUACGGAAAACUGGCCGCGGCGACGUUCCUGGGCGCGAGCUCGAACGUGCAGGUGAAGGAGGUUUCCCUGCCCGCUGGCAGUGACAGCGAUCUCGACUCCGCCUAUGCUGCGUAUGUCGACGGCAAUCUGACCCGUCUGGCGGUCCUGAACCUACGCCAAUACGACUCCACCUCUGGCGGCGCUCGCCCGUCACAGAACUACACCAUCCAAGUUCCUACAGGCUCGUCCUGGACGGUGAAGAGAUUGACUGCGGCGGGAAGCGACGUGACGACAGGAGUGACGUUCAACGGGUUCGCGUACGAGUAUGAGUCGUUGGGCCAGGCGGUCCGGGUGAACGGGACGACGAGCGACGAGAAGGUGACGGCGGAUGAGAACGGCACGGUGACGAUCACCGUGAGGGAUUCUGAGGCGGUGAUUGCGACGAUAUCAUAA